AACUACAGAAGAUAACAACACCAACAACCGAAACCAAAACGACUCUCUCGCUCUAGCUCUCUUGCAGAUUUUAUGAAAACUUUAUUGUUUUGCUGGAGAAACACAACAACUUGGAAGCUUCAGACGCUAGACUUUCAAAUCAGAUGUCAUGGAGAGUCUUUCGGGAGGCCUGUCUGUUAUCGUAUGGGGAUGCACAGGCGGAAUUCUUCUGCUGCUCCUCAUUGCAAUAUUCUACUACAUCUUCAGCUUGAAGAGUGUACUCCACAGUGAAUGUAGUUCUACUACUACAGCCAUCUUGAGCCUGUGUGCGUCUGUACUGACGGUCACGCUGAUUCCUGUGGAUAUUUUCUUGGUUUCUUCCAUGAAAGAUACAAAUGGAACAUUUGAGGAUUGGGCUGCAGAUAACACAACCAGGGAUGAGGUUCAACAAGACAUGCAGUAUUGUUACUACGCCCUGUACUGCUGCAAUGCAUUCUUCUUGUUUGUCAUCAUCCCGUUUGUAAUGUUCUACUAUGAAGAAGGAGACGAAGAUACCACAAGGGCAAAGCGAUGCUGUACCGCUACAAAGUAUACUGCGGGUUUCAUUGUGAUUGCCUUUAUCCUUCUACUGAUUGGUGCCUUUGUUCCCUGGCAGGGGAUUCCCCAAGAGGGGAAGAACUCUACCAAAUGGGUGGAGUUCCAGUAUCUCAUCAAUGAGUUUGGCAAUGGAAAGGGAUUUGAUGCUCUUUACUUUCUGAUUGGCUUCAUAGCCUUGAUAGGAAUGGUUGGCAUCAUCUUCUAUAUGGCUAUCGGCAUGGCAGCCAUUCCUAUAGAGAUGAUUAAAGGAACGCAGAGUGUGACUGAUGAGCUUGAAGAGACAGACUCUGCCAUCCAGCACACCAUCAGACGUCGCAAUGCCAUCAAGAAAAAGUACCAUCGUUCGAGCAGUUCGACGUCCAACCGUGACCGUGGCCGGCUCCAGCAGCUGGAUGACGAAGAAGAACUGAUCAAAAGGAGACAGCGCCAUCUCAAGGGCAAGAAGGGAUCGCUGAGCGCUCGGUGCGGCAAAUUUUGGAGGCCGUUUGAGAUCAUCGCAGGAAUCUUGCUGAUUCUCUUCUCGUUUCUCUUGAUCACUUCACUCUCCAUGACCAGUUUGGACCGAGCCCUGCAUUCCCUGGGACCUCGCAGUGGGUAUGUGCUGACCAAGAGAACCUACCCCAAUCCUGUGGACAUGAUGCUUCUCUAUGCACAGAGGGCUUUUCCUCUAGACCUUGUGAUCUUCAGCAUCAUCUUGACCUACUUCUUCUGGACUUCUGUUGGAGGCAUCAAGAAGAUGGGCAUAUGGUGCUUCUGCAUCAGAUUGUAUAGAAUCCGUCCGAAGCGAACCAAGCCUCAAGCCUUGCUCUUCCAAUGCUCUCUGGUUAUCUGUAUGAUCAUGGCUCUCAAUACAAUGCUCUACACACUGGCACCUGAUUACUUGAGCUAUGGAUACCAGAGAUAUGUACCAAGCAACGGUACAGAAGCAGUGCAGUGCAGUACACAGGCUGGCGAUGAGUGUGUCAUGACUGUUACAGUGACGCUCAUGUCCAAGUUCCUCUAUAAGGUCUGGUUCUUUGGGGCAUGCUUCUACUGGGCCACAUGGGGCUUCAUAGGGAUGUUCCUCCUGAGCGUGGUCAUCUUUCUCUUCCGCCGUCGCCGGUCAGCCAUCGCUGGACGUGUGGAGGCUUCGGAUACAGAGGACAGUGACGAAGAGAUCCUAGAUCCAUAAGCUGGCAGUGCCUUCAUCUCAUUAUAUGCUUCGUUUAUUACAUACAGUUAACAUUUAAAUUAUUCAUACCCUUAUCAAGUUUUGUUAUUUUAUACAGUAUGUCAGAAAAUUGAUGUGUCCUGAUUUGUGUUUCCUGAGAAUGUGACAUAUUAAAGCCCCACUGCACUACUUAUAGCUACUUGCGCUCUCUAUAUAGCAAACAAUGCUUAAAUCAGUGACCAUUGGUCCC